GCUCACCGAGCAGCUCCCGGUGCUUGGAGCCGGGGGCGGUCAGGCCGCAGGACGGGAUCUGGAUCUCAGCGGGGUUUGCUUUUUACACCACAUCACGAUUUCAGUUAUCCUGCUGAUUCGCCUUCCCCUUUCUGGUCCAUCUCUGUGCACUUCCUCCCUAUGAAAUUGGGGGAUUUUUUAUUCUUUUUUUUUUAAUACAUGUGUACUAUACUGGAUCCCUGCUCUUAUUUUAGGUUUGUACCUCCUAAAGAAGUACAAGUCAAGAUCAUAGAUUGUCACUAACUUACUUUUAAGCCAAACCAAAUGAAAUUAGUUCCUGCCAGGACAUGCACAUCUAGAGAUGAGACUGAAAUCAUUCAGCAGCCAGCCUGGUGUCUGACAGCCACCAUCUCCCUCAUACUUGCAGUAGUUACAAAAUAGUAUUAGUUUUUUUCCUGGAAAAAAGGAAGUCAUAGGUUGCAAGCUGAUUUGUGCAUUACAUAAUUUUUAAAUAACUUCGAAGGUAGUUAGCUAUUACAGAACCAUUUUCAUUGUCAGUAAUUUGUUUUAAUUAUAGGGUAAAGACUUUAAUAUGUUCACCUGCAAGAGUGUCCAGGAACACAUAAUAAACGUAUAAGUUGCACAGUGAAAAAUCUCUGUCUGGUGGAAAUCUUAACUGUAGAGAAAGACUUUUUAUGUAUUUUUUGUUUUUUCAGAAAUAUCUGAAGCACCAGUGCAGUUUUUAGCACAGGAGCAGUUCAGCUGCUAGUUGGAUAAACUGAAAACGUGCAGUUGUAUUGUCAGUGUUUUUAAAAGAAUGCUGAAAAAUUGUAGAGGGCAGCUAAAAGAACCAGAUGAAGCUGAUGUUAGCAUCUCUCUGCUAUUUGGAGGAGCUAGCAUUUCACCACCCAACAUGAUGCAGCUGGAAUGAAAUGUUAAGGAUGAGAGAGAUCCAAGGACUGUUUGCAAAGGGAGAAACAAAUGGCACACAAAUUCUCUCUUUUUCACCUCUAGCUGUGUUCAUAGCCAAGAACAUAAUGAGGCUGCAGCGUCUGGGGAUAACCCAUGUUCUGAAUGCAGCAGAGGGGAAAUCAUUCAUGCAUGUGAACACUAAUGCAGAGUUCUAUGAAGGCUCAGGCAUCAGAUACCAUGGCAUUAAAGCUAAUGACACACAGGAAUUUAACCUCAGUCGCUACUUUGAGGAGGCAGCUGAUUUUAUUGACAAAGCCCUUUCCCAGAAGGAUGGCCAGGUGCUGGUGCACUGCCGGGAGGGCUACAGCCGCUCGCCCACGCUGGUCAUCGCCUACCUGAUGCUGCGGCGCGGCAUGGACGUGCGCGGCGCGCUCUGCGCCGUGCGCCAGCAGCGCGAGAUCGGCCCCAACGACGGCUUCCUCAGGCAGCUGUGCCAGCUCAACGAGCGCCUGCUGAAGGAGGGCAAGGUCAAAGCCUAGGGCACGGCGCCGCAGAGGUUUUGGUUGCAGUUUGGCAGGGCUGUAGAAGGAUGGGUUAGGCGCUUUGGAGACGCAGAUUUCAAGCGGCGGGCUGGAAUUCCUGCUCGGCUGGUGGAAGUGUCUGUCUGGAACUCUGUGAUGCUUUCAGGAUGGGACAGAAUGUGUCACUGUUUGGAGGUGUUGCCAUAAAGGGGUGUUUGUAGAGGGAUGACUCCAGCUGUCUCACACAUUUCAGAGCCCUGCAGACUCCAUAGCAUACGUGGUUUGCAUUGACAUUGAAUGUGAUUUGUUUAAGCUUUGGCUUUAGUCUCACCAUGUUAGCAGUGUGCAGGAACACGUAAUCACUGAAAGAUUGUAUGAAGUGCUUUUGUUGAGGAGCUUUGGGUGUCAGGGGUCCAGACCCAAGUCUGACUCCAGCAUGGGUUCAGGAUGAACACGUUUUUAUACCCUUAUUGUUAUAUAACUACCUAUUAAUUAUUAAACUUACAUUGUUCUGUUGUAUACAUUGAUUUCAUUCAAGCAUGGAUUUUUGUAAUUUGACGAGCCCUUGGGGACACUGCACUGGGACUGUCCCAGUGCCACUCCCAGUGUCCCCAUUCCCUGUUCCCAGUGCAAACUGGAGCUGGUGGAGGGGCCCCCUGUGUCCUGCAUGGAGCUGGAACUGUUUGGUGCUGAGGAGGAGCCCUUGGGGACACUGGACUGGGGCUGUCCCAAUGUCCCCAGUGCCACUCCCAGUCCAAAAAUCUAAUACAUUGAUUUCAUCCAAGCAUGGAUUUUUGUAAUUUCCAUGAAACCCCCCAAGCAUCAUUUCUCCUGAUUCUUGUUACAAUUGAACAAUAAUUAUAUCCAGUUACCAAUCAUCACAUUUAACAAUCGUAUCAUUUAUCAUAUAACAAUCAUAUCAUUUACCAUAGUCAUUAAAUGAUUAUACAGGUGCAGUUUUGCAUGAUCCAGUAAAGUCUAACAUUUUCCCAGGGCCUACCAGGCCCAACCUUUCUUUCCAACUCCCCUGAAUAUCCCAUGGUUUUAGAAACAUUUUAUCCCUAUACCAUCAACCAGAGCACCAGCUCCCAAAAGCCCCAACACAUCCCCUCACUCACUCUUAAUAGGAGCACCAUAAUUUCUAAAGUUUCUUUUUCAUGCACACAGGUGCCUAAAGUUUGAAUGUAGGAGCUUCAAGGAAUGGGAAUGCAUAUGUACAAAUGCACAGAUGCAUUCACUUGGAAAAUAAAGUGCAUGCAGUGUUUUGUGUGGAUUUAUGCAAUACACAGUGUGAGAGUAAAGCCAUGCUGAACCCAUGCUUGAUGCACACUGUUUCCAAGAAUAGUUUUUUAUCUCUUCUGUUACAAUGGACAUUAAAUAGUCUGUUAUUAAAUGCUCUUUUUAUUUUGAAGUCAUACUAGGAAAAACUGUCAAGAGCAAAUGCUGAGGGAAGAGUUUGAACAAGGAAGAAAUAAUAUUAGUAUUUAGAAGUGCUUGUGGUGGAUGUAUCAUUUAAGUAUCCUAAUAUAAUGCCUUUCAAAGCUUGUAUGGAAUUACAGUGUCUUUAUCUCUUCUUUACUGUCACUGUUCAGUAACAGAAUGGAAUGACCACACAUGCAGAUUCCUUCCAGCUUACAAAGCAGUUUGCAGAAGAACACUUGACUUCUUGGAUUGCUUGCAUGGUAUCAUGAAAUAAAAAUGAGCAUUGUAAUAUACCACACUGUAUAGGAAAUAUUUACAUAAUAUUCAAAUAAAUGAUGACUUGGUUCUGUUUACUACAGAUGAGUGUUGGGAGAGGGAGCUGUGUUUGCACUGUGCCUGACUUAGUGUGUAAAUGUGUACCUGUGAGUUACAGCUCUGUAUUCAUGGAAAUGAUCUCCCACUGCAGACUGGAAUUGUUGGUUACACCAUCAGAAACCAGGGUGACUGUUGUGUUCUCACCUGUGCUUUAAUGUAGUUCUAGGAUGAAAAAUCUUGGCAUUGUUUUAAACAGAAACACUUCAUUAUUAGCACGUGUGAUCCCGGGUGUAAUUUUGUCUCCUCAGUUCAGCAGUCAGGAAUCACCAAGGCCAUGCCUGCAUUGUCCCACUGCUGGGUUGGGGGUUGUGUGGUUUGAGGUGUGGGAGUGCCAGUGGAGGCUCUGUACAGCAAGAUAAAGCUCUUGAAGUUAAAUUCCAGAGGAAAUUAUUCUGCUUGAGCUCCAGUCUUCCUGGUUUUCCUUCCACAGGAUGGAGCUGCCACAUCAAGGAGCCUUUCCUCUGUUGUGUCCUUCAAGUGACAGUGGAGGAGCCCUCUGCACGGUGUUCCCUGUCACAGCUCCAGUCAGUAUUCAGUGCUUGCUUUGAACCAGGAUGGUUCAGUAAUAAUGAGCAGUGGUCAAUUCCACUAGCUAAUUACACACCUUUGUUUUCUGCCAUUGAUCCAUUUAAUCAGGAGUAGAUUAAUUGCUUCUUCAAAAUUCCUAGUUACUUAUUUCAUGUUGUGUGAAAUAGGAGUAGUGGCUUUAGAAAUAGGAAUACUGGCCUUACCUUUUCUACAAUGCUGAGUUUUCAUACUGCAGUCUAAUUUAUAAAUUACCCUUUUAAAAUUUUUACUAGAAACAGAUUUUUUUUUCUUGUCUCACACCAUGUAUUCUUAACACCUAUUUGCACUAAAAGGAAGAAAAAGGGAAAUUCACAUUGGAUGCACUUUAUCUUUCACCUGUUACUUGGAAGUCAAAAUUCCAGUCCAUUAAAGAGCUGAGAAACCAUUAGGCAUUAGACCUUUGUUGACCUCUAAUAAACCAGAAUGGUUCAUUAAAAUUGAGUCUCUUUACCUUAUGGUGAUGUUUCUGUAGUUGUCAGUAUCAAGAAAUACUGAAAAUCAAGACAGAGGAAUGUGUUCUUAUAUUCAAAAUAAUCUUUUACUUCACGGGACACUGGUCACUCUUAAGGUAACUCUGGCCCAUUUGUCUCAGUGUAACAAAACUAAUUUAGCAAAUGUUUUGUAAUACGAGGAUAGAGAGGCCUAAGUAAGACAACAUUAUAAAUUGGUAUUAAAAGUGAGACAGUGUAUCAUAUUUAAAAUUACUGAUAGGCAGCUCAGCAAGGAAACCAUUUCUGCUUUUAGAGCAGGCUAAAAAUAGUUAAAAUGUCAGAUCACUGCUCCAUUAAUGGAUCAUUCCCUUCCUCUCAGCCCUGCUCUCCAAGUACAGUCGUGUUGCAAAUUCCUCUGCCCAUUUUAGCUGGCCAGGAAGGUCUUGUAUGCCUCUAACCCACAGUGAUAUGCUGUGUACUUCUAAAUUUCUCUUCUUGACUGUAGAACGAAAGAUUACAUAAAACAUGGGAAUGAGAGCUUCCUUUCCUUGUAAUAUGAAAUAGAAAAUGUAUUGGAAUAAACAGAGGUUUUUAUUCCUCUGAAAUUGCUGAGCACCUGCCCUUUGCUGUGAGAUCUUCCUUACAGGUGUGCUAAUUUAGGAAGGUACAUUUGAAAAGAACUGCUUGUUGCAAACAGCAACACUCUGCUUUUGGAGUUUAUACUUCCUGGCCAUAGCUAAAAUUGUGUAAUUAGGAUUGACAUCAAUAUGUUCAUCCUGACUAGCAGUGUGGUGAUUUUUGUGUGCAGUGCUGUGGAGAAGGGAUGGGGUCUCUAUAAAAUAUGUAUUUAUCAUGGAACAAAGAUCUCUGCCAUGCCAAGUCCAGCCCAAAGAAAGAAAAUGCAACAGCUUAGGGUGUUUUGUACUUCAGAGUUAGUGAAGUUAGAAAGGAGGCAAAGAGAGAAGGUGAGAAGCUACUCACAUUUUACAAGGAGCAAAGAUGAAAGUGCAGAUGGACAAAAUGAUGAUGGAUAUAAAACUAAAUUCACCUACUCACACUGAACUGAAUCUUUCUUAGGAAAGAAAUCUGUAACUGAAAAUUAAGAUUGAAAGCAAAAAUAACAUUUUGUAGUUCUUCCUUCACCCUUUGGCCCUGCAGUGUGGAUUGGUGCUGUACCUCUGCACCUCAGGUACUGCCAGGAGCACCCCAUGAGAGAGUGGUGCACUGCUGCAAGGGGAACAUUCCAUGGAGUUAUUUCAGAAUUAAUGGCAUCUGACUGCAGAACUAGCAGCCACAAAGAUUGUAUUGUAAUUCCAUUUUUGGGUGCCAAGGCUGUAUUAAAAUUGCAUACCAUUUUCUUCUACAGUAAUUAUGGUUGGUGAUGUGAGAACUCAUCUUCAUAAAAGGCCUUGGAGAUGAAAGGCACUGUGUAUAAUAAUAAUAAUGCAUGUUUCUCAGUUCAAAAACAAAUUUGUGUCAAAUACAUCUUCCUCCUCCUCAGCAAAGAACAGCAGAAAGAAUAUUAGCGAUGUUUAUUUUAAUAAUUUAGAGACUUUCCUUGAGCUGCUUUUUGUUGUCCAGAACUAAUGAAAUUUCUGAUGCCAGAAGCAGAACUUUUUACCUCAUUUUAUUUUUUAUAUUAGUUCUGCUAGUUUACUAUGAUGUUUUUAGCACAGAGAGACUAUAGUGAAAUCUGUCUUAGUUUAGCACAGAAGUUUCUUCUAAAAUUACUUUCUGGGCUUCACCAAAGAGUAAAACUAGAAAUAGAACAAGCCUGAGAGGUGUCUUUUAAGGAUUUGCUGGUAAGAAUUAGUGUCCUAUUGAUUUCUUCUGCAAAUAAAUCCUGGAAAUAACGAA